AUGCAAAUGAUGCGAAAGCUUGCACCAACUGGAAUUGCUGCUGCUGCUGACAUAGGUGGAAUGACAAUUCAUUCAUUUUUGGAUGAACACCAUAAUUCUGGAAAGCCACGAACUAUAAAACCAGGUGGUUCAAAACUCGAAAAAGAAUGGAGGCUUGUCGAAUAUCUAUUAAUCGAUGAAAUGAAUAUGGCGGGUAUAAAUUUACUGGCAAAACUCAACCGAAUCAUUUGUUCUGCACAACAUGUCAAUCUGCAAGUUCCAUUCGGUGGUGUAAAUGUUAUUUUCUUCGGUGAUUAUUCACAAUAUCUACCUGUGUAUGAUGCACCAUUACAUACCGAUUUUUCAUUGCAGUCGAAAAAAAGAUCAGGUAAACAGCCCAAUGAAAAAUAA